AUGAGCUACAACUAUAAUUCAAACCGUCACAACUCCAUAGGCGGUAACUGGCAUUUGCGGCCCAACAAGGACCAAUCCAGUCUGUCUUCCAGCAGCUCUUCCACCUUAGGUCCGAACUCUAGCUCCCCCAACACAUCUUCAUCGACAUCGACAUCGACUGGACCUAUUGACCUAAGAUCUGAACAGAUACCAGGGUUUAGGAACCCGUGGUUCAAUUCUAACAACCUCCCCAAUUCCAGCAAUAGUAACAUGAGUAAUCUCUCUCACUCCCCCACGAAGGGGAAUCAAUUGGGCAUACCCUUAUUACAACAACAGAGUCCUUCUCAGUCAGCAGCUGCCCAGAGAAGGUUAUCCUUCGCCACGCAACUACCCACUACCUAUGAAAACGGUGAUCACAGGCUGCUGAUCGUACCACCAUAUAUACAUCCCCCUACCAGAGCAGACAACCCUUUCAAUCAAUAUUACACUAGUCAGGAAGUUUCGUUGGGUGGUGGUAAUUCAGCAAAUGUACAAGCUGGACCUUCGGCAGACAGGAGGAUGUCAGCUGCCGGAACAUACGCUGGAGGUCAAUUUAAUGCUUAUCAGACCAACCAAGGAAUUUCUGGCUUGUAUCAGCAACUGCAGCAGCAACAACAGCAGCAACAGCAACAAUUACCCAAUGGUAGCGUAUUUCCACCUCACCUCAAUCAGUAUUCCAUUGGUGGCAAUGCUGGAGCAGCUGUCGCUGCCAGAAGAUCGUCUGUAGCUGCAGCCAACUACCAGCAGUUGCCAUACGAUCCGAGCUCUGCAAGAAGCUCGUUCUACAGUAGCCAAAGUCUGCAAUUACACCAUUUACAACAGCAACAGCUCCAGCAACAACAACAGCAGCAACUUUUUCAUCCAUCUCAAUUCCCAUUUGCACAAGGACAUCCUGGUCGUUCGCUACUGAUUGUCCAAUAUAACCAAUACCAAACGGAUAUACAACAGCAAAGACUCACCAAUCGCAGAAAGCCUGCGCCUAAGAUAACUAAGGUCAAUAACAAAUUUGAUUUGAAACCAAAACAGAACCAACAACCCAAAUAUCGUAGGUGUUCCGUUAAUUCUAUUCACAUCUCGCCGGUUAAUGCACUUUCAAUAUACUUGACUGAAACGUACGGUAUUUGUCAGCCUAGGAAGUUCCAGUACUCGAAACUGACUAAUCCGAAGAGGGUAUUAACUAAACCACUGGAGCCAAAGUUCAACAAUGGCUUCGACAACGAAGAUAGUGAUUAUAUCUUGUAUGUAAACGACAUUUUGGGUACGGAAGAAGGUAGAAAAUAUAUUGUCCUUGAUUUACUUGGAUGUGGUACGUUUGGUCAGGUUGUUAAGUGUCAAAAUUUACUGAAUCAAUCUCUCUGUGCGGUGAAAGUAAUUAAAUCUAAACCUGCUUAUAUGAACCAAUCCUUGACAGAGGUUCGAUUACUUGAAUUUUUGAACACCAAUAGUAAUGGGAAGAAUUUUAUUAGGCUAAUCGAUACUUUUAUGCACAAGGAGCAUUUAUGCUUGGUGUUUGAAUUGUUGGCAUCUAAUCUUUAUGAGUUGAUAAAGCAAAAUCAAUUCCAGGGCUUGAACAUGAGAUUGGUAAAGCUCUUGACAAAACAGUUGUUGGAAUCACUUGCCCAAUUGAAGGGAUUCCAAAUGAUCCACUGUGAUUUGAAACCUGAGAACAUAUUGUUGUGCCAGCCAGAUAAGCCAGAUAUCAAAGUGAUUGAUUUCGGAUCAGCUUGCUUCACAAGACAAACAACUUAUACAUAUAUACAGUCUAGAUUCUAUAGGUCACCUGAAGUUAUUCUUGGUUUACCAUACACGGAAUCCAUUGACAUGUGGUCUUUGGGUUGUAUCGUGGGAGAAUUAUUUUUAGGGUUACCUAUGUUUCCAGGAAAUUCUGAGUAUAAUCAAAUAUGGAAGAUUGUGGAUAUGUUGGGCAAUCCUCCUAGACAUAUGAUUGAGGUUGGUAGAAGUGCACUAAAUUUCUUCCACAAGACGCCGGCUAACUCCAGUGAGGAAAAACCUUCCUAUAGGAUCAAAAACAUUGAUGAAUACACCGAAUGGUUGAAUAAUAGCUCUAGAACUGGUGGAGGAAGAGACCUGGAAGGCGUCAAAGAGGAGAAACCAAAUAAGCAAUACUUCAAGAAUCAAUUAUUAAAAGAUAUCAUAUUGAAUUAUAAGUUCCCAUCUAGAAUGACGGCUACAAUGAUCGAAAGAGAAUGGGAGGAAAGAUUUUUGCUUUUGGACUUUUUAAGUAAAGUUUUGAACAUGAAUCCCUUGGAAAGAUUGACUCCACAAGAAGCCUUGAAGCAUCCAUUUGUUAAUGAAAAUGCCGAUAAGGCAUCAACAAAUGCUGCUAUAAAUGCUGCUAAUGCGAUUGCUGGACAUACGCAGCAUCCACAUCCACAUCUUCGACUGCAAACCCAACAAACACAACCACUGAUGCAACAGCAGAUUCCAGGUCAGAGAAGAGAAACAUCACUGGGACUUUCUCAGAGCCAAUCUGCAAGAAAUCACGCGCUGCAGUUGGUCUAA